AUGCCUAGCCACGGUCCGGCCGUCACAAAUGCAGAUGACAAUACCAAAUCUUCAAUCAAAAGACGCUUCGGCGAAGAAAUACCUUACAAUAUUGGCCCUUGUGACGACCCAUGCGCGUACUGUGCAGCUCUUCAUUGGACGUUGGAGAGACAACCCGGGACCAAGACCACUCUGAGUACUGUCUACGCGGCGUGCUGCCAGCAAGGCGCAGUCAAAUUACCUAGCACCAAUUUUGAAAAUGAACUAACGCCUGACUUCCUCAAGGCAUUAUUGUCCGACCAAGAUAGAAGUGAGCAAGAUAUCCGCCGAUACAAUAAUUCCCUGUCUUUCGCUUCAACUGGGACGAAGCAAGACGUCAGUGUUGCAGGCAACGGUGGUUCCUGGACUUACAAAAUCAAGGGACGUUUAACACAUCGCAUUGGCUCACUUUUACCCGCACCGGGCAUACCAAGGAAAUUCGCUCAAAUAUUCAUGUAUGGGGACCAGUCUGACGAAGAAGCACACAGCCGUAACGAACGCGCCGGCGGCGGUCUCAACACCAAUAUCAUCAAAACUUUUCAACAAUUCCUCUAUAGGCAUAAUCCGUUUGCUAAGUUGUACAAGUCAGCCGAGGAGGUUCUCGACGCAGGCGGUGUCAAGACCAUAAAGAUCAAAUCCAUGUCUUUAUCAGGCCGCGACCCCAACCGUUAUAACUACCCUACAUGUAAUGAAGUCGCCGCUGUGAUCCAAGGCGACGGCGACAUUGGAUCAGAAGACCAAGACAUCAUACUCAGGCGACGGGACGGCCCACUCAGACGUAUAUGUGACCUAAAUACCAACUACUUCUCACUUCGUUACCCGAUUUUUUUUAUGUUUGGGUUGCACGGAUGGGACAAGCAUUACCGGCAUUUAAAUGAACGUCAUACGUAA